AUUAGACAAUAGACAAUUAGAUUUAACUAAAUUUGCGACAAUGCCGCUGGAUCAGGUGAUAUCUCUAUUUUUGCCCAUUACCAAUUGCCUCAAUGUCGUGUUGGUGAAAUCGAUGGACUUGCUGAAGCCGGGCACAAUCUCCAGAGACAACGAGAACGAGAAGAACAAAGAAAAUAUUGGGAUUGGUUCCAAUUCAAUAUGCUGGAACGAAAAAAGGACCGAACACCGCAUAAGAGUGGGAGAUUACUUCAAGAUUGUCAACAUGCAUAGAAUGAGAAACGGCGAACUCUCUGACAACCAGGCGCGUAAGUUUGCUGACUACAUUCGCUUUAAUCUGAAGCUGCGUGACAUCAAUUUGGAGCUCCUAAUGCGCCAAACGCAGAGGAUAGAUAUCAUGGAUUUGCGCAUAAACCUGGUGGCCAACAAGCCCUUCUCUCUGCACUGCAGCAACUGUGCCACUGAGCUGAUUCCGUCACGAGCAUACAGUCUUAUCGAUCAGAUACCUUUUUACCCAAUGAGAGUGCCAUACAAAUUUCGGCAUUGCUUACAGGUGGAUAACAUUUCGUCCUUCGAUCAGAUCUAUUAUGGUCUCAAUCAGAUUGUGAUGUCGGCAGAGUACAUCAAACGCGACACUGAAAUGAUCUACUGCCGUAAACGUCGUCGUGUUUUGUGCCCCGGUUGCCCGAGGGUGUUGGGCACUUUCCUCUCGAGGGCCGUGUGUCUCCAUGCGGAUGCCCUGUGCAUGGGUACUCGUGUGUCCCAUGCAGCUCGGCUGGAAUUCAACGAGCUCUUUGGCCAUAUCACACCCACGCAGCUGAUGUUGCGACUGAUGCAAAAUGCCGAACAAUUCCGGAGGAUGUUCCUGAAGGCUGUGCGCCCCGACGGACAGGUGCAUUACCUUCUCCUGAUGACGGAUGUAGACGAAAUGCAGUUUCUGCGCUCCAAACUAUCGCUAACCAGUAAGACCGAUACGGGGCCCCUGUGUUUGCUGGAUGGGGAAACCAGAAGCGAGAGCAAGGACGGUAUGGAUAUCAGCAGCGAGAGCAACAUCAGCUCUUUAUUCAUGGAUGAAGACUCACCGAACACAAUGGAUAUCCCUGGCUCUACACCACGGCCAUCACUGAAAAAGUCGAACGAAGACACUGGUUGCUCAACUGGAUGCAAUGCCACCAUACCGAAAAAUGCCACGAGGAAGUCCAUUCACCAUGUAUUUCUGACACCUUAUAAUGGCUACCGUGUUAGAUAUACCUUCGCCAGCACUGAUUCUGAGCUACGCGAUAUACACUACAGCGUCAUGGCGUGGCGCGCCAUUAAUGGACGCCCUCUGCUCAUCUCCUACUCGAUGAUGAUCGAGCUGGUCAGCGAACUGAAUGCCAACGAGCACCUAGCCGCCGCCCUAGAUCCCUCCCUUGUCCCGCCCUGCCACUCGAAAAAGUUUCGCUUCAGCCACAUCAUAUUCGAGUCCGACGAGGAGUUCUAUGCCACUCAACAGCAACUGGAUGUGGUCCAAGUCACAUAAUUGUACUAAAUUUUAAAUUAAAGAUCGCAUC